UUUCUUGAAAUUCAGAUUAAAACAACGUGUGAGGAUGAGGAAGUAGGCCUAUGAAAUAUACAAAAUCCGGAAGAAUAUUUAUUUGUUCUAACACACGUAAAGGUGCAGCUCCAUCCAAAACAUAAAUGUCUCCAACUUCAUUGAAGCACCUCAGACAUCAGAUGUCACUACAAAGAUGGAGAGCAGCAACAGACGCCUGUUUGACUCUGAACAGAGGUCAGUUCCACACAAAAUCUACAAUCUACAAGCCAGUCUGUGAAAAUCCACUAAUAAUCAAAAACUCCAGAAGAAAAUACAGCGUCAAGGCAAAUCAGAUGUCACUCUCACAAAUAAACCACACUUUAAAGGCCAGUGAAUACAGUUUAAAAGUAAAUGCUUAUAAUGGGUGUGUAAAAGGGUUUGACAGCAAUAUAUUACCAUCAAACUCUCCAAGCGAAGACAGACGGAGUGCUGCAACAUGUCUACAGAACCGUGGUAUGCUCUUCGGGGUCUUCGAUGGUCAUGCAGGGUCUGCUUGUGCACAAGCUGUUAGUGAACGCCUGUUUUACUACAUAGCCUUGUCUUUGCUUCCAUUGAGGACUUUAAUGGAGAUAGAGGCGGCUGUGGAGAGUAACCGGCCUGUGCUUCCAGUGCUACAGUGGCACAAACAUCCCAAUGACUACCAGAGCACAGAUUCUGGCAAACUUUACUUCAGUAGUCUGAGGACAUACUGGCAGGAGAGAAUAGAUCUUCAAGAGAAUGAGGAUUGUGAUACACAAGGAGCUUUUAGAAAUGCUUUCAAGAGAUUGGAUAAUGAUAUUUCUUUGGAGGCCCAAGUGGAUAUUGGGGUUCCUUUAGCUCAUUUCACCCCUCUAAGAGUGGCUCUAUCUGGAUGUACAGCUUGUGUGGCUUAUGUGGAUCAAGAUGAUCUUUAUAUUGCCAAUCUUGGUGAUAGUAGAGCAGUUCUCGGGGUCCAACAGGGUGAUGGGAGUUGGUCUGCUUUUACCAUUACAAAUGACCACAAUGCCCAAAACCCAAAUGAGAUGAAACGUGUUCUGUCAGAGCAUCCAGCUUGUGAGCAGAAGACAGUGGUGAAACACGACAGGCUAUUAGGCCUGUUGAUUCCUUUCAGGGCUUUUGGAGAUAUGAAGUUUAAGUGGAACAGUGAGCUCUUGAAUCGCAUCUACGAGGCACGGCCCGAGCUGCUGAUUGGCAAUGAAAAUGCAAAAAUGCUGCCAGCAAACUACCACACACCUCCUUACCUCACUGCAGAGCCUGAAAUCACUUAUCACAAACUGCGACCUCAAGACAAGUUCUUGAUUCUGGCUACUGAUGGACUCUGGGAGUUGAUGCACAGGCAGACCGUUGUGCAGGUAUUAGGAGAACACUUGUCUGGGAUUGAGUGGAAGAAACCGGUUUCUGGGAUGUAUUUCACGGUGGGACAGAUGCACAGACUGCUGCGGGAGAGGAAGAGAAGAGCUCUUUCUGCUCGGGAGGAUGAGAACAGUGCUACUCAUCUGAUUCGUCACGCUCUGGGCAGCGAUGGUUCCGGCACCAUUGAACUCGAUCGCAUUGCCAAAAUGCUCUGUCUCCCACAGGAUUUGGUAAGAAUGUACAGAGAUGAUAUAACAAUUAUAGUGAUCCACUUUAAUAGUUCUUCUUGAAACUUAACUUUUUUGAGAUGUAAACAAAAAAGGGCAUUUUGCAGAUUUAAAAUAUUUUUUUGCAUAAAGGUUUUACAAAAUACAUACUUGAUAAUUAACUUAA